AUAUUUUCUGUGGUGGAUAUCACAUGAGAAUCUAUAAGCAACCAGCCACAUUUUCGGCUGCCCAUUCAGAGUGCGCGUCCAUUGGGAUGAAGAUUUUGCGAUACAAAGCUCACAAGCUCCGCAAGGAUUACCAGUGUUUCAUGAAUAUCAAAGAAAUCCUUCUCGACAGCGACAUCUCCGACAUUUGGUUAUUGAAUCCUCGUAGAAUGAAUGAGUCGGCCGGCACACUUCACCUCAAUACCAGUCUCGCAGCCACGUCUCACCAAUCCGAAAAUGCCACGCAGCCAUUCAUAUGCGCGACUAAAGCUGAUAGUAUUCUCUGUGGUGGAUAUAACAUGAGACUCUAUACGCAGCCAGCCACAUUUUCGUCUGCCGUUUCGCAGUGCAACUCCAUUGGGAUGAAGAUUUUGCGACAAAAAGCUCACAAGCUUCGCAAGCAUUACCCAUGUUUCAUGGCUAUUACAGAUUUCCUUCUCCACAGCGACAUCUCCGACAUUUGGUUAGUCAAUCCUCGUAGAAUGAAUGAGUCGGCCAGCACACUUCAUCUUGAAACCGGUGUCGCAAAUACAACGUCUCACCAAUCCGAAACUGCCAAGCAGCCAUUCAUAUGCGCGAAAGAUCGGAAUGAAUGCGAAGAUUCGGCAACAACCUGCCGACCAGGUACCUACUGUCGAAACAUGAAAGGCGGUUAUAAGUGCCAGCGUGAGUUUAAUUUCUGCUUUUCUCUGCCAUAA